UCCAAACAUUCAACAUACUACGUUCGCAUGAUGAUAUUUUUUGCAAAUUAUAAAUAGGAUAAGGAAUCAUGUUCAAAAGAUUCCGAAAAAAGGAGGUCGAGGUAAAAACAGAUUCUUCCAGCAAGGAUGAAGACGAUAAACUAGAAAAUUCUGGUUUCAUAUGUCCAUCAUGCUACUGGGGUUUUUUAAGUGCUGAGGAUUUGCAAGAACACUGGGAAAAGGCACAUCAAGAUGGUGUCUUACAGAAUGCAGAGACAGCAACAAAGGAAACAUUAGGGUUGGUAAAAAAUGGACAAGAUUCAUCAGGGAUUUCAAAUGAAGGUUCAAGCUCUCAGUUGUCAUUUGAUGAGGAAUCUCAUGGAAAAACAAAUACUGAAGAUAUCUCAUUACUGGAUACCACCUUGAAAGACUUGGAAGAAAAAUCUGCUGAAGUUGUCACUUUGCAACGUGAAAUGAAUGAUAUCAAUGUUGAACUUAAGGAGGAAAAGUGGUACAGCAGCGCACUUAAAGAGGAAGUCGAUAAACUUGAGGCUGAGAAGCAGGAAAGACUAGAGGCAUAUCAAGCCUUGGAACAGGAAAAACAUAACUGUGAGAAAGAACACGAUGAGAAAUUGCGGGUGUUUGAACAAGAAAAGAUUGCAGAAAUGAACGAAUUGAAAAAAAAUCUUGUUCAUGCUCUGGAAGCAAAGUCUGGAAGUCAAGAGGAACAACUCUCGUUGGUUCAUAAAUCAUCGGAGAUGAGCUCGGAAAUUGUCGCUUUACAAUCAAGACUGAAGGAUGAAGAACAACAGAGAGUUUCACUUGAAGAAACCUGUGAAGGAAUGAAAGGACAGUUGAACGAGAAAGGGAAAACAAUUGAUUAUUUAGAGACACAACUGGCACAAAGGCCGACCGCUGAGCAUGUGUCGUCUCUGCAGACGCACAUUACGUCCCUAGAGGAACAGCUGAAAGUGACGAAAAUGGAAAAGGAUAACGAGAGACUGGAAAUGAAUGAGAAAUACCAGAGCGCUGUUGAAACUUCUAAAAGAUUAGAGGCAAAAGUCAAUGAACUGGUGAUAGAAAAGUCGUCAAAAGUUGAACAAUUGCAAAGUCUGCAGACAGCUCUCGAAGCAGCUUCGGAUUAUCGUAAACAAGUUGAAGAAAAUCAAGGAGAAAAACAGCAGCUGGUCUUGGCCACGAAACAUGAGUUGAACCAGACACAAGUUGCUUUGAAAGAAAAAGAACAGUUUGUUGAAUUUUUACAAAAACAAUUGGAGGAAACGAAGGAGAAUUACCAAGUCGAGCUGAAAUCGAAAGAUGAAGCGAAACAGGAAGUAAGACGGCUUCAGAAUCUUUUUGAAGAGCAGGAAAGACAAAGUAAUUCCAAAGAAAACAAAAUUGUUGAACUAGAGAAAUGCCUAGCCCAAAGUAAAGCAGAUAUUUCAAGAAUGGAGGAAGAAAGAAAUGAUUUGAUUCAAAAGAUCGAGGCUGGUGAAGGAAUAAGCACAGCCAUAAAUCAGUUAAAUCAAGAAAAGGAUCAGCUCGAAGAGAGAUUAAAGGAUUGUGAAAACCAGAUGGAGUCUCAAGUUAAAGAAAGUACAGCAAAAAUGGAAGAAUUACAUAAGCAAAACAACGAGAUUACUGAAGAAUUAGAACAAUCAAGACUGAAUGAAGACAAAGUCUCCUUAUCUCUGAAGGAAAAGUCAGACGAACUAGAUAAUCUCUCUCGGACUUUAGACGAAACUAAAUCUUUACUUCAGGAAAAGAGCGAUACUUUGGUUGCUGUCGAGGCUUCAAAAGUUGCAGAGAAAAAUGUCCUUGAGGAACAGAGAAUAUCAGUACAAGAAACUUUACAGCAGAAGAUUGCUGAGCACUCUGCUUUACAGCAGGAAAAUGCUUUGGUUAAGGAACAGCUUAGUUCGUAUAAGGAAGAAUCUAUUAGUCUACAAUCACAAGUCUCGUCGUUUAAAACUGAACUGGAUAGCAAAACUAAACAGUGCUCUGAACUUCAAGCAGAAAUACAUAGUAAGACAUCCAGUUUAGAAACAGUACACAAGGAAAAAGAGGAUAUUGUCAACAGACAUGAAAUAACUAUCCAGUCUCAAGCUGGAGAAAUUAGUACUCUGAAAGAAAAACAUGACUCGGCUGUUACUGAAAAUGCUGCCAAGAUCAAGAUUUUCGAAGAAGAAAAGCUACAACUUGAAGUUAGAUUAAACGCACUUUCAUCAAGCUUUAAAGAGAAGGAUGAAGAACUCGUAACCCUUCAAAAGAAUAUGACCAAAAUGGCUGAAGAGAAAGGCGCGCUACAAGAAAAACUGGAAACUAAUGUGAAGACAUUGGAAGAACGAUCAUUAGAGUUUGAACGGAAGUCCCAGGAAUUUGAAGUCACAAAGGAAUCACUUCAAACUACUGCAAGUGGUAAAGAAACCGAACUCAAAAUCCAGCUCUCAGACUUAAUGGCAAGUUUAAAAUCGGUUAAAGAGAGGUUGAAUUCGUCUGAGUCAAAAACUGAAGAAAAGAUAACAGAAAUAGAAAAUCUUAAGUCACAGAUUGACCAAUUGACAAAGGAAAAGAUUUCACUGGCAGAAGAGAGCGCAAAUGACGCCAAGGCACACCAAGCCGAAAUCAGAAAUUACGAGUCAAAAGUUUUAGAAUCAAACGAACUAAUGAAGACGAAGGAUGCUGAGUGUCUGGAAUUACAAAGCUCCUUGGAAAGAAAGGACGAGCAGUUGCAGGAGCAUCGACAGAAAAUUGAGGCCCAAGAGCAACAAUUAAGGAAACCUUGUGAAAGCUGUAUUGAUUACGACAAAAAAUUAUGUCGCUCGCAAGAGUUGUUAAAUCAAGAAAAAAAGCUGGUGGGUGAGAAAGAGAAGGAGCUAUUAGCAGCUCAAGAGAAAGCUGCGGAUGUUGCUAAACAAAUAGCUGUAAUCGAGGAGGAAAAGCAAAGGUCAUCUCUUGAAGGGCAGGAAAACGAAGCAAAACUCCGGGGUGAAAUAGAUAGAAUUUCUCAGGAAAAAUCCGCUUUGGAAAAUGAAGUUACCGAACGAAAUAGCAAACUAGACGAGGCGAAAUCUUCACAUGACCAGCUUAGGAAGCAAAUUGAAAAUCUCGAAGAAGAGUUGAAAUUGAGAGAAAAUAAUUUGAACGAAAAGGAUCAAGUUAAAAUUGAUCUUGAAACUCAAAUAUCAUCGUUAGAAAAAGACGCUGAGAAUGAACGAAUACGGAGACAAAAGGUAGUUGAUGAAAUGGGCGAGAAAGAAAAGCUUUUGAUAAAUCAAAAACUGGAGGUUCAAAACCAAGUAGAAAUCUUGGAGACGAGCUUAGCAAAGGCAAAAGAAGACCUUGAAGACAAUAAAGAGGCGUCAAAGAGAGCCCAAAAUAUUUUGAAAACCGAAAUGGACAAUUUGUCUGAAAAAUUGAAAAACGAGGUGGAAGCUAGGGAACAGUUGAAACUAAAGCUCGAAGACACAGAAUCUAGGCUGAAUACGAAGCUCGCUGCAGCUAAUGAGAAUCUAGUAUCAGCUAGAAAUGACGUCUCAAAAUAUGAAACAAAAAUGAGAAGUCUCGAAGAUUUAGUUAAACAAAAGGAAACGCAACAUUUCGAGUUGAAAGGCGAGAUGGCAGUACUUGAAGCAACGAUCGAAAAUAACCACGACGAGAAACGUAGCCUGUUAGAAAGGUGCAUCGCAGCAGAAGACAACUGCAAGAAAUAUCAAAAAACAAUCGAACAAUUAAAUAGAAAUAUUGAAGAAUUAAAUUCGGCCAUGGUUGAGUUAGGACAAGAAAAUCAAAAUUUGCAAGUUGUGCAAAACAUGCGAAACAAUCGCAAAUGGGAGAAUGAUAAGGAUGCUGUACAAUGUAAUAAUUGUUCAAAGAAAUUCACCGUUAGCGUUAGAAAGCAUCACUGUAGAAAUUGUGGGUCAAUAUUUUGUAGCGAAUGUACGGCAAAAACUGCGACCGUAGCUGGCAGUAAAAAAGCUGCGAGAGUUUGUGAAUCUUGUUAUAAUGAACUUAACGUUCCUGUUCGGUCAUAUUCACUGAACUCAACGAAUUCUUCAUGAUACUUCGUGCGUGGAGAGAAAUAUUCAUUCGUUCCAGUGCGUCCUUGAUGUAGUCUUGAGAUAAUUGCUGGAAACGGGAUUUAUAGUUAUGUUCAUUGAGUACUCCAAAAGAUCUGUUAUAUAACAGAUGAAUAGAGAAAGUGAGAAACUGCAGCGUAUAACGCAUUAUAAUGUUGAUUUAUCUGCAAUGAUAAUUUAUAACAUACACCCACACACGAGAAAAGACGAACGAGAUAGUUUAUUCUUUAGGCCGGCGUUUUUUAUACUAAUAUUAUAUACACUCUUUUUAUAAUUACGACACGGGAAGCUUCUAUGUCGACUCAGUCAUUGAUUUCGCGCGAUUUCUGGUCAAGCUAGCUGCUGUGUCUGUAUCCUAAAAGCACACAGGGUGUGAAAGGGAAAUUGUGUUUUUGUUGAUCAAUAUUGACCAUAAGAGAUUCAUUUCAUAAUCAUUGGCAAGAUUUAAGGUAAAACAAUGAAAAUCAAGCUCUCUUUGUUCGUGAAAACAUGAAAUCCUUACGAGAAAAAUCAGAUUUCCCACUUAAUUAAUGAGUUUUAGGGUAGUGAGCUUUUAGAAUACAGGCGUUAGAUCGGUUACAAAUUAACCAUCAAAUUUCAUCUGUAAAAUUCACCUGUUGUUUGAAUUGUUCGUUUCCUUUACCGUUAGGUUUUGAUAAUUCAUUUAAAGGUGUAAGAACUGAGUGAACUGUUUUAACCAAUCACAUUGUUAACGAGACUGAUAAUAUUUUCAGGACCGGAUCAGAUAAGCAAUAAUAAAUGCACCAUUAACCAUUGGAUAUUUUAAUUUAUUAAACCUUUUUCGUAUGUAAAAAUCGGUGGAUAGAACGUUAGACGAGUUUCAAAUUUGCGCCUUCAAAUAUAUU